AUGGCAGAAUCAGAGGUGAAAUUACUGAACCACCCUCAUCUUCAUCCUCAAUAUAAUAUUGAAUACGGCAAAAGAGGCGGCGAACAGAGUAAUGGAGUCAGAGAGAAAACGCUUCGCUAUCACAACGAUCUCUGCAAUUCAAAAGAUGAGGCGCUUCGCUUGCUUCUUCGCUUAAAACAAAUGAUAGAUGCCAAAACAAUUGAAGCAGAGAUAACAUCUUCAAGCCAGCAGAGUAAGAUCGAUGAGCUUGAGGCGCAGCUCCAUGAGGCAGAGGGUGUCAUAAUAGAUCUUAGAGCAGAGUUGAGAUGGGUAUGUGAUGAGCUAGAGAAGGUGAGGAACAGCCAAUGCCAACCUUCAAUUAGAAAAGUUGUAAAGGAAAAUGAAUCUUCUCACCAAAAUUUAACAUCCGAGCCCAUCAUACUUUCUCCUCCUAAUUUGUCACCUGAAACUAAGGCAACUUCUGAUAUAAAGAGUGCGCUACUGGACCAGAGAAAUUUCACUAACAAGUGCUGCAACAUAGCGGAAGAUAUUGAGCAUUUGAGUGUUUCACCUUUUGAGAACUAUUCUUCACAUAAUGCUGACUUAGCCUCCAUUAUGAUGACAAAGAAGGAGCCGGAGCUGUAUAGAAAUGGUUGUACGCAGAGAAUUCGUGCAUCAGAAGGAAACUUUUUUGCUUGCAAAUUGCCUCCUUCAGAAGUAGUAGUUGAGCAGCAAUUACUCUUAAAGAAUGAGGUUAUUACCAAAGCAAGUAAUGGGGAUGAAGGUAAAUGUACUGCAUCUUCUCCUAAGAUGAAGAAUGUGGAAAAAAUGAAGAACUGUUUAAGGGAAGAAGGAAAAAAGUGUGUUAAGGUUUGCCCAUCUAGACGAAGAAAGAGUAGGUUUGCAAAAGCCAAAGUUAAGCACAAGUCUUGUCCCAAUGUCGAGAAACCUUAUCAACCACCUGCUAUUGUUUCUCGUUGCAAAACAUACUCAAUAAAUGGAGCUGUAAAAUCUGAUGAAUGUUCGUGUACCUUGCCUCCUGUCAAGCCUAGCAAUAUGGGUAUGAAGAAUCCCAGUGACCUGGAAGAAAAAUUGCAAGAAACAAAUGACUUCCUUACUGCAGAAAUGAUUGUUCCUGAAGGUAAAAGACCAAGAAUAGAGCAAAGUACAAGUUCUGUCUCUACCUCAUCCACAUUGCCUUUGGUUCAGCACUCAGAAUUUUGCCAGCCAUCUUCUGUUCUCACUCAUUGCAAAACUUACUCAUUUUUGCUCCAUGGUAAUGUUAAAUCCAAUGAAGACCAGUCAAAGAUAGCUGAAAAUGAUGUCAAGCUGAAGUCACUGCCUCGCUUAGAUCCAGGGUUAACCCUAAUUAAAGGUGGUUUGGAUUCUACUUCUGGCUCUACGAAUGUUAAAGUGAGUGUAAAGGCACUCUGUAGAUCUGGUGUGGCACAAACUGAUGCGAACAGGGGCGUGCAGUGUGUAGAUGAUUUGGUAAAAGAAGAAUGUGAUUCUAAUCGGAAUCCCACAGUUCCAAGUUAUGAAUCAAUCGCUCAUAUGGGCAAUGUACCUCUUGUAUAUUCUAAUUUGAAACAUGCCAAAACAUCUGAAGAAACUACUAUCAGUGCACCACUGGUGCACUCUGAGAUAAAAGUUGCUAAAGCAUCCAUUGAACCCAAUGUGUUUCCUAGUCAAUCAGACAAUAAGCUUCUUAAAUACACCUUUCAGAGGAAGCACAAGAAGGAAGCUGUGAGCAGCCUUGAUAAUAAAACUUCUGUUGGAAAGAGCAAUUUAAAAAGAAAAGCAGAUGAAAAACAAGAAGGUUCACUAGAGGCACAGAAAUCGAGCUUCAUAAAUGAGUCGUCUAGGGACAGUUGUCAAUUAGCUCAAGCUGCUCGUCAGGUUGGUUUUUCUUAA